UGUCCGCGUUUAUCGAGAAACGACGGUUAUACACUUUUGUAGCCAGUUUUGCCGACCGUAGCCGUCGAAAAUCGAACGCACUCUUGGUCAAGUGUCAUGCUGGUUACAUAUACGUGGAAGUGUUGUUAUUAAAAGUUUGCAUUUUAUAUCGGCAAUUACAAAUAAACUAACGAGGAGAAGCGGGCGAGUGUUUCUCGUCAAAAUGUGGUUGAGUUUCACGAUUAAUUGUUUUUCCGUAACGUAGUUUAUCGUUAAGAUUUUUUUCUUUCUUAAAACCGUGUUGUUUAUCGAUGUGUCCGCGAAUUCAGAGUCGCGUAUGCUGAAAACUUGUCCCCAAUGUACGAAAAAACAGUACACACGAUAUGAAGAAUGGCGCGAUUCGCCAAAGACGAUUUUAUUAGCGAUAUGCGAAUAUGAAGGGCAGCUCCAGCGGAGAUCAAGUCCAAAUCCCACAGAAGUAUGUCUUUUUUUCCGAUCCUGAGACUAUUUCUGAACGCGCCAAAAAAUCUAGCGCAAUUUUACGGAACCAUCAGAUUGCCCAGUUGAGGAAAGAAAGUGAGAAAUGUGGUAAUGAGGAAUUAUACAACAAUGUAGAAAAACCUGCGACAGGGGCAGAUCGGAAAAACGUUGACUCAUUUUUAUUUGACCAGCCAGUGAAAUCGCAUCCGUUUACAUUUAUCUCAGCAGUAAAACGAAAAUUAGCCCUGUCGGCUUACAAUGAAACAUCGAAGAGAGUUUACAAUUCGAUUAUUUCGAAAACUGCAAAACCGCUGAAUAUUGAAGCAAAUGAAACGGAGGAACAGUGUCUAGAGAGUUUGUAUGAAACAAUACAAAAAAUGGAUUUCGUAAAGCCUCUGAAAGUUCCCGAUGUGAAAAUAUCACCGAAAACAUUAGACUACGCAUCGAAAGAAACGCCGAAUGUGCGAGAUUCCUCCAGCUUGAAAAUUUCUAUAUCACAAAAAAACGAAAAAGGCUCGAAAAGCGCUGAAAGAGUUCAUCGUAAAUUGGAUUUCUCCCUGUCGGAAGGUCACUCUCUGGUAUCGAGUGAUGAGAUCGAGCCUCUUCGUGCACCGGAUGUCUCCAUUUCCCCAAGUCUUAUAAAACAAAAGGACGUACGCGACAACUCGCGCGAAAAGGAAAAUCGCAAUAAAGAGCAUUCCUCUUCGGUCUCUCGUCCAGAGAAAGUGGUAACGAAUUUACUGAAGAGAAUGAAAAAGGACGAUGCCUUAGUAACGAGAGCGGAUGAAACGUCGCUGGAUUCUACGAAGAGAGGGAAAAGUCCAAAGCACUUAUCACGAAAAGAAGGAGGGGCGGAAACGAAGCGUACAAAAACAGAGCGGGGGUUGAUUCAUGGGGGGCGGGAGAUUGAAUUCGGGUCGAAAAAACCAAAGAGUAAAAAUCCGGGGAUCUCAGUAUUGAAAAAAGAGGAUGAAAAGAAAAUACGAGGAGUGUACGGUACGAAGAGUGGACGGGAUCGGUCGUUGGAGUCUCGGGGUCGAACAUUCAGCAGCGAAUCGCUUCCGGAUAGAUUUUCAAAAGUAUACGAGAAAAUGAGUGCGAGAGAUCAGGCGCGAAUAUUAGCAGAUGGAGAUGGCAAGUACAACGACGAUUACGAGAUUUUGCACGCGCUGAGACAAAUCGAAGAGCACAAGCAAAAGACCUCGGUCGACAGCAAAACACCAAAGAGCUUAGGAAGGUCUUCGUCGCAAUCGACUAGCCAAAAAUCGAUCGAUCAACCUGCCAAAGAGCUGCACAAAAGAAGUCUGGACCGAGGGAAAGCAUCGACGAGCAAAUCGCAGUCUCGGGCGAGUGAAACGAGCGAAGAACUGGAAAACCCUUCGGAUUCGAGCAGCAACAAAGUGCGUAACACGAUCGAUUUACCUCAAAACUCUAACGUUGUUACGCAAACUUCGAGCGAGACGACACCAGAAGAGAUCGUUCUCGAUCCCGCAAAAAUAUCCUUCCGGGAUGACAGUUAUUCUCAGCAAGACGAAUUCUGCGACCUCGUUACACCCGAUAUGAAUUUAAACGUGCGUACAAAAAGGCGGAAGCAGAAAAUGAACGAGAGCGAAACGGAAAUAGAUACAAAAACAUCGAAACACCGAGCUCGAAGCUUGGACGCGGACUCCCAGAAUUCUGAAAGCUCCUUCGUUCAUCCGACCGCGUUGCACAUGCAAUUCCAAGCGGAGCUUCAUCUAUUCGACUCUUACAACGAAUCCCUGCGCCAAGUUGAAGGCGUCGAAAAAUGUUUGUACAACGCGAAAAACGAGAGGAGCAAAGAGCUCUUGGAAAAGCAACGUUUGGUCAACGACGAGAUGAGAAAACAUCUUUGCGCGAUGCAAGCCGCCGAGUCCGAUACGACGGACCCGAUGAGCCCCGAAAAAGACAGCGAUGCAGGCAAGAACGUCGUAACCAAAUUGUGUACGAAAGAACCGGAAACAGACCCGAAAAAACAUCGCCAAGAUUCCGAACCGAGAGAAGGCAAACCGGAUGUGAGGGUCGCCGAGACCCAAACCCCCAACGACAUCGCAACGCAGACGGAGACUCGCUCGAAUCGUCACACUUCGAUCGAUCGAGCAAAAUCAUAUCCUUGCAUAACUUACGAACGGGGUGAUUUCCACAAAUCCGACAUUCCGGAACUGUCCCUCGGCUCCCUCGAGCAAUUCGAGGAUCUUGAUAACAUCGAAGACGUUUCGUUGCCUGGCAAAAUGCGAACGAUGUCAGAGAUAAGUUUGCACGAAACAACGUCUUCGAUAAAAACUGAAACGGGAACGGAAAUUAGUAUGACGACGAGGGACGUGACGUGCUCCUUCAACAAAUACCUCGACCUCGAAAUGGCCCAAUUGAUAAAAGAUGAAAAAUUGAUGUACGACAAAAUCGAGAUGCUAUUCAAGUCGCGGGAAAAAACUCUUAACGACCGGACCAAGAAGCUCGUUAAAUUGGAGGAACAAAAACGAGCUUUGAGGGACACUGGUCAGGACAGUCGAAUAAGCAGCGUGAAAAAAAAACAGCGAGCUUUGCUGCUUAAACUUCAACAGGAAAAGGACGAAAUGAAUCGACUCAAAGAACUCCACAAAAUAGCAAGUCAGGAGAGAAAGUUGAUGCUGCAGAAGCAGAGAAACAUGUUCAAUCCACAGAUGUCGACGAAAAAUAUCCUAACGAAGUUGAAGAGAAGCGCGGACUGCCAAUCGCCGAGAAGAUUGUCCGGGCCGAUGAAAGGGUACGAUAUUAGGAGCAACAGUUCCAUGAGUUCGCUCCUCGAGUCGGAAAAGGCACAAAUCGAUCGAGCACAGAUGGACAUGAAAGUUUUGCUGUCUGACAGCUCGUACAGGGUCGAAGGAAAAUCCUUGAAAUCUGAUCAGGACACUUCUCCGCCCGAGAAACUCGACGCUUCGAGCGAUCGAAGAUUUCCUGGUAUUCUCGACUCAACGAGCCUCAACGAGCUCGAACGAUCGACCGAUUUUGUUGAGAACCUGCUUGUUUCACCGCAGAAUCUCGAAUCGAAGACUCGCAAGUUUGAGGAAAAAAUGCCCAAUUCGAGGAAUUAUUUGUUGAGACAAAAGCGAUUGUUGAGCCCUGGGCAGAUAGUUGAGAGCCAAGAAGAACCCUCCCUCGUUUCGAGGAACAACGAAAACGUGGAAAACGCCAAGUCAGAGUCUGACACUCUCGUCGAGGAAUUGUCGAAAAGGUCAAAAGCUCUUAAUCAUGAGAAUCUUCAAGCUUCUGGACAAUCGAAAGAGUCGCUGCAUCACGAGAAUAACCAGCAGGAAACCGAUUCCUCUCGUAAAUCGAAAGCCCUUCAAGUCAACGAAGAAUCACUCUUACAAGCUUACAGAUCCUCCAAAAAGUCGGACAAAAUUCCCACCCUCGAGCGGGACGGAUCGAAAAAAUUGCAGCAACAUUCCCACGAGGCAAAACCCACGAGCAAAAGAAAAGGUGGCAAAAGUCUUAAAACCAAGUCAACAUCGAACGUUCUAAACGAAAAUAUUUUGAGGACGAGAAACGACGAAUCGAAUAAAUCAACGAACAAUAAACGAACGAAAAUAGACAAAGAUUCGGCCGAAGAUCAUUAUCAAAGCUCAAUUCUCGAGGAGAUCGAUCUCAACGAGAGCCAAAAUUCCCUCCAAGCUCUCGUCAAACACUCGAGAGCUGUCAAAGACAAAAAUUAUAAACUUUUGCGUGACAUUGCUACCGAACAACACGAGACCAAGGAAAAUAUCGCUGCUGGUAACAUGAUGGACAGAAGCUUUGACAUUCGUGACAAUGACUCUCGACGAGACGAUACUGACAUACAAAAUCUAGGAAAUAUCUCGACCAGAUCACAAGUUAGCACCUUCACCAUUUCCCGGCAUAGCUCCGGUGACAGUGAGAAAGGGUUCUCUCGAUCAGUCGUCAUUAGGGCUCAGGAUCAUCGAUUCAAAACUUCCAAAAAACUCGAAGAAGCUCUGAAUGCCCGGGAAGCUGCACUCGUCGCUCGCAGAAAUUGCGUUGAGGACUGGAUCGCUUGGCAUACUAAACUUAAAGCCGAAGAGUGUCGCGUUGCUCGCAUGGAACAGGCUGCAUUCAAACUCGUCAGCACCGCGGCCAAUGCUCUUUCCCAUAAUGACACGACUAUGUCAUCCGAUACGAGUGACGUGGAAGGAAGGGUUGAGCUUUUGGCAGAAAAAUUAGCCGAACGACGGGUGGAAAUGGCGAAGUUGAGAAGAGAAACGAGGAAGCAAGCGAAGCGGAGAUUAAAAGCGCUGGAAUUAAAUCUAUUAAAUCAAAUAAAGAAAUACGACGCGACCAUAAACGAGAUGCAGCUCAAAUUGGAAAAUCAAAAAGGCGCGAUGAAAGACAACGAAAAGCUGGCGAUAGAGUCACGGUCAGUGGCUGACUUCAAAGUACCUGAAAUCCCUUUGAAACGUAUACAAGAAUUAUACAAAAGCAGCGAUCUUUUGAGAUCGAGAUCAGAGUCCGACCUGAUAUUUUCACGGGGCACUCACACGGGGACGAGUGAAAAUUAUUGCGUAUCGGAGAGUCCCGAGAUCGAGAAUAUUUACAAGACAUCGAGUUUACGCGAUGAGAAAAAUUCGAGCUCGUCGAGGAUUUCCAGUGCGAGAGAUUCCCGAUCGAAUCAAAGCGCGGAAUCGAUUUUGGAAGAGGCGGAUAAAUUCGCUCGAGCGAAUACGGAGAAGAGUUCCGAAGCGUCGAGCGAUCGGGAGUCGCGGCUAACGAACGUUUCACGAUCUCACGAAAGCAUCGAGUCCGAAGAUAUCUCGAAUCUCCGAAAAUCCGUCACGAGGCUAGACGAGCCGGAAAUAAUGACAGAAGAAGCAAAAACAAUUUCGAUGACGAAGGACGGUUCGCCAGAAAUUUCUGAAGCCAUCAAAACACCAGAAACUGAAGGCAAAAUAUUCUCCGAAAAACUCGAAUCCCUCCAUUUGACGAAUAAACAUUUGAACGACGAUAUAAGCUCCCUAGAAAACGAUUUGAAAGCUCUUUCGCAAAUGAUGUCGGAAUUCAGCAAAAAAUCUGACGACAAACUCAAAUCAGGCUCGCAAAUUGAGCCCGAAAAGCAAGAAAUUUUCAAAGUUGUCGAUCUCAGCCCCAAGAACACUUCCCGCGACGUUUCCGAAGAAAUUUCAAAAUCAAUACGGACCGAAAUGGAUAAGGAAAUCUCGAGCGUUUCUGAAGACCUGAACGUUCCAGUGUCUUCGCGGUCCAAAGAAAUUAUCCAAGGAGAUUCGAUAGUUACAGAAAUUCCGGAAGAAUCAAAAUCUCCUUCGAACGUUGAGGAAGAAAUAAUCGACGAAGUAGACGAACUUCUAUCGAAUGGAGUAUCCGAAGAAAAAUUACUAAGCAUGAAAUCCGAAGAAAUCGACUUCGAAGCUCGUAGCAAAGAGAUUCUCAAUGUUAUCGAAAAAUCCAUUAUUUCGGAACACAUCGAAACGCUCAGUCCAACUUUAAAAGACGACGAUCUUGAGAAAAGCAUGAUGGAAAUUUAUCAGGAGAACGAGGAACUUUCGCACGAUUUGAAUUCUCUUGAGGGCGAUAUUCAAUCGAUUUCUAGAAUAAUAUCAAAAAUGACUGGCAGCGAGAAGGAUCCCAGAGAGGUUGCGGAUCCUUCGGAAAAUUCUCAUGAAGCAAGCAAACACGAAUCCCAAAACUUUCCACCCUUAGAACUGAACGAUCGAGUAAAAUCUCCGGAAGAUGAAGUAAUUCACGAUCAACCGAAAGAGAGAAGUGUCGACGAGGUUGAAACUGCUGUAUUCAAUGAUUCUGCGUCCACGAAUGCCGUUGGUUCUCCACGAGAAUUUCUACAGCCUGAAAAUUCGCUUAAGUCGGUAGAAUCCGAAGAGCAAAUAGCCGAAAGCAUCGUUGUUUCGAUUCCAAGAAUUCCCGAAGAGCAGUUAUCGAAAAAUCAAGACAAAGAGGAAGAAGAGGCGGAGAGUAUCGAGGAGGAAAUCUCUGAAGAAAAUUCUGUUUUGUCGAGAAAAUCGAGUGAAACUUAUCACGAUGAUGAGAACACGGAAAACGAGCGAACAAACGAGUCUUCGUUGGAGAAUUCGGCGCACGAGGACAACGAGGAGCCGCUGGAAAACGACGAAAUUUCGCAAAGCAAAGUAUCCGAGGGAAAUGAUUGGACGCGAUCGGAUUCGUUCGAAAUUGCGGAAAAACCGAACGAAAUUUUUGAGGAUUGCGAGAAAUCUUUGCAGCUCGAAGCGAGUAUUUCUGUCGUUCCUUCCGAAAUGUCGGUUAUGAAUUUCAGCGAAGAAUCCCGGGAAAGUGAGCACCACUUCGGAGAUCGCCGCGAAGCGGAAAAUUUGAGCUGCGAAAUGGAGAACGUUUCGAUGUUCCUUCCAAAAGGCGAAUCGACGACGAUCGGGUACAAAUUUGAGGAUAUGGUAAAACCCGAUUCAACGCAAGUCGACGAACUCGAUGAUAUCUUGGAUAUAAUUGCGCGGGAAAGCGAGCAAAACGAAGAUCCAUCGUGUGUUCCAAAAAUAGUAGUCACAGCUGAGAAUGAAACGGAGAUCGAAAAAAUCGAAGCUGCGAUUGCUAUUCCUGAACGAAUAGUUCCACGUCCGACCGACUUAAAUCUGACCGCGGAGGUCGAGCCCGUUUUGCAAAAGUUGACGGAGAUUCUUCAAGGCGUUGAGAGAAAUAUUGCUCUCCGAAGGAAAAAAGGCAGUGAUGAUAGUAGCGAGAAGAAUGAGAUCGAAAAAGCGAUUUUUUCGGAGGAUCUUACGAGCAAAAUAUCGAGCCUCGAGAUCGAAAAAAUGGGAGAUCAAGCUGAGGAUCUUGAGACUUUCAUGUCCGACAUCGUCCUCACGAAUAUUGAUCAUCAAGCCGAAGAACCAAGGAUUAACGAGAAACUUUUGAACGGUGAAGAAAUAACGAAAAGUCUCUGUGAAACUUUAUCCAAUGUUCCUGAAGCGGCGACGAAAUCUCCUCGGGCCAACGAAAACGAAACUACGAUGGUUAAAUUGGCCGAAAAAACAUUCGAAAUCCUUAAGGAUCCCGAGUACGAAGACAUCUCCGAGGAGAGUCUCGAGGUUUCCGAAAUUCUUGAUCGAUCGGAGAGCCACAGAUCGAGCGGGAGUUUGUCGAGGAACAAAAAGAUUCCGGAGAAAUACGAGAGCAAGCAAAAAUCAGAGGACGUUUUGAGGAUUCUCGAUGAAAUAUCACAAAAAUCGUAUCCCCGUUCGGACUCACGGAACGAUCAACAUUUGAAUGACGUUCAAAUUUCGGUACAAGUUUUCGGGAGCGUUUCACCGGGUUUUACGAACAAAAUUCAUGCCGGUGAAGAAUUACGAGGACAAAUAAUCGGCAGUUUGCAGGAUGACGCUAAAUCGGUAGAAAUCGAAAUCGUUGCACUGGAAAAUCGUUCCAAAAGUCGUGAAAAUGAACCUUCCGAAGGGGACAACUUGAAAAACGAUUUACAGAAAUCUGCACAACAGGGGGAGGAAUUUUUGGAAAAACCAGAAGUGGACGAGUCCUCUGAAUCGAGCGAAGGAGCCGAUACGCCGAGAGGCGUUUCUGAAAUAGAAAUGGAUUCACCCAGAGAUCCCAACGAAUCAAGACUCGAUAUCGAUGCCCUUGACGACGAUUUACUCAGCAUCACUGACACGACCAAACCUGCGAUCGAUCCAAAGAGUGACUUCCCCGUUACGACCACCGUCCUGAGCUCCGAAAAAGAUAUCGAAACUAUGAUCGACAAAUUAAAAGCCUCGCUGGAGCAACCGGGGUUGGAAGUUGCCGAACUUGAGGCCAAGUUACUCCGGAUAGAGCAACUGCAAAUUGAACUUGAGAUAAAAAAGCUGGAAGCAGAGGAAGUAUCGUAUUACAUGAGAGAAAUUCCAAAUAAGCCACCCCCGCCUUACACGCCCCCAGGAGGGGGCAGAUUAUCAACGCCUCAAGUUUCGCCGACGUUGCCACCGGCUGUAGUGCCUUCGAACGUGGAUGAGUUAACGGCGUUUACGGAGAAGGCGACGGAGUUGAUAUUCAACGCUAAAAACUCGGGGCAGGACAUAACGUGUCUGGAAGCACCCCCGGAAAUUUAUCAAAUGAGCAAAGACAACAACGAGUCGUCGAAACAAGACAGACGGAUUUACAACACGUUCCUCUUCGAUCUAUGCAAAGAAACUAUUGCGGAGCUUUAUCGCACAGAGUACGAAAAACCCGGGCCGAGUUGGACAAAGCCGAACGUGAAGACGAAAACGGCCAUGAAAAUACCAAAAACAAUUGAAGAAUUGAACAAUUACGUCAGCAAAGAAGUCGCCACUCUGUUCGGUUUCAAGACUAAAUUACAACGGGAAAAUAUGGUGAUGCGAUGGAGUCGAAAACGCAGGGAUCGCGUCGACGAGUUGUUGGCUCGAGAAGCACAAGCCGAGGAAGACGAAUGGACUAAAUUUCACCACGAUGAAUUGGCCGUUAAAAACGAACUCACCGUCGCCAUACUCGACACACUUAUACUCGAAACCACCAAUUGUGUUAAAGCCGUUUACGCGAAGAAACGAAAAGUCGUUCUCGCAUAGCUCAUUCACUUUUACCACCUCUUUCUCUUUAUUCAUCUUUUCUCUCUUUUUAUAUUUCUCUGUUAUUGUUCAUUCGACGCUUGUAGAAUUUUUUAACCUCCCAUUGACCCACAGGAUCUUUAUUUUCACCGUUCUCAUUACUUUUCUUUUUUUUUAUUCAUUGUUAUACGAAUGUUGUAAUAGGCUGGUUCCUAUGGAAUUGCGGAAAGUCUUGAUUCUAACGAAUUUUAUUGGGCAAUCACUGUCUCAUUGAUAUCCGCAAAAACGAACCAGUUCAUCCCUCCAACCGGAGCCAAAUGGUUUCUAUUAUUAACGGAUUACAGUCUAAUUAUUCAAAACAUCGUUUUUUUUUUUAAUUUUUUAUUAUUGAAUAUCAUCCACAGGCGUUCUGAUAUAUGAAAAAAAGUGAUUGGAAGUUUCCAAAAUAACUUUAAACGCAUUUUCCUGAGGUCAUGAUUUUUUUUUCAUACAACGUGUAAAACAGCUCGUAAGUUUUCCAACAUUGUUGCAUGAUUUUUUUUCACAUUCAUCGCUAUAUUUCUCUCCUUGAUUUUUAAACGAAAUGUAGAAUUCGAAAAGUACAUAAUUAGUCAAGUUUUGAAACGAAAUGUAGAAUUUUUGUGGAAAAUUUGACACUUCAGUGUGAUUGUAGAAAACUUGUUACUCUGACUGUUCAAAAUAAUCGAAAAAGAGGAACAACGCUGCAAAGGAAAUAGUUUAGAAAAAUUGACGACAUUUUCAUACAAAAAUAUAAAAUAUUUUUGAGUUACAAAGAAAAAUCAUGCAAUGGAAUAGUAACUUUUCGUAUCGGAGUUGAGUUUAUUGGGUGAUAUUUAGAAAAAAAUGAAAUUGAUUUUUUGAAAAGUGUAAAAUUCCAUUUUUUAAAGCAACGAUAAGGAGUUCGUGCAAGGAGGAAAAAAAUACCGAAGUAAUAGACUGAGGUCGACCACUUUUUCAUUUCACUUCUUUUUUUUCAAUGUUCAUCACAUUUUCAACAACGUGUUCGAAUACUCGAUGGUAUUAAAGAACUGAUGUUUUUGCAUUUUUUUUUUCGUUUUAAGAAAAAGAAAGUUUCGCGUUCUUGUGAAGAAGUGUCAAGAGUAUAAUAAUCCCGUUCUGUAAAGUAUUCCAGACUUCGAAGAGUCAUGCUCAAUUACUUGUUAAUGUAAACAAAAUUUUUCAACCGUAAGACUGAAACGUUGGGGCCAUUGAAGAUGAAACAAAAUAAAAAGAAUAAAUCGAAACGAGUUUGGGAAUUCUCGAGCAGAAUAAAACGACAACGAAACAAACGAAAUCUUUAUACGAACUAUAAAUUUCACGAGUGACUGAAUUGGAGAUAGAGAGAACUCCGAGGAAGACAAAUUUUUUCUGAAACGAGCUUCUGAUUUUUGCAAAAAAAGAAUAUUAAGAUUCGUCUAUUUGAAAAUCGUAUAGUAAAGAAGCUAUUUAUUCAUCCGAUUUUUUUCGUCGACUUCAAAAAAAUAAAUGUCCGCUAAUUUUUUAAAUCCGAAGCUUUUUCCACGAGUUAUUUUUUAUGAUCGAAAAAUGACGAAAAAAAUGAAUUUCUUAGACAAGUGAAUCAACGUUGAAAUGAUUGGUUCUGAAGUUUGUAUCUAUUAUAAUAAUUUCAUGUCACCGAUUGUUAUUUUCUUUCAUUAUUAGAAACAUUAACCGUUGAAUCGAACCGGAAGUGGCACUGCGUAGACUUAAUUUUUAUGUUCGUGGUUGUGAUGUAAAUAAUGUUUAGCGAUUGCGUUAACCCCUGUCGCAAUAUUGUUUGUUUUUAUUAUCAAUUUUUUCGAUCAAUUUUUCAUUCUCAUUGGAGGAGAAUGGAAAAUACGAAAUGUAACUCUUUAGGUUUGGGUUUCAGGCGUUAUUGCAGUUAUCUCACCAGUAUAAACUGUUAUCGACGAUAGUAUACGUACGUAGUGUUGGAUAUGUACUUAAUUAAUGACUUAUAAUAUAUUUUAUAAUAAACUUUGCGAGAAAAAAAAAUCAAAGCGAA